AUGGAAAACCUAUUACCAAUUAAUCAAAAUCAUAAAAAUUCAUUAAACCAAAUUAAAACUUUUCUUACAAAUACUCCUCAUCGUCAUGAUGAACAUGUUAGUGAUUAUAAUAACAAUCGACGAGCAUUGAUCGCUAAUAAUUUCUAUCCUCGUGAAACAAACAAUAAAAUCAAACAUGAGAAAUCAAAUAAUACAAUUCUUAAAGGAAAAAACCUUAGUAAUAUAAACCGACGAAAACAAUCUACUGAACCAACAUAUUCAUCAAAACCAGUUGGAUUUGUUAUGCAAAAUAAAACUCGAACAACUCAUCGAAAUACUAUUCCUCCUUUUAAAACUUCUCCAAGUAAAGUAAUUCGUAUACCUAAUAUUGAUUAUCAAGCUGAACAAAAUCAAGAAUUUAAUUCAAGACAAAAUUCACUAACUGAAUCUAUGAAUAAUUCAUUACGAACUAGUCAAAUUCAAUCGAUGAAUAUUAAUCAUAUUCUACAAGACAAUGAAGCCAAUCGAUUUAAUAAUGCAUCAAAAAUCAAUACAAUAGAAUUUAACAAAGUACAAGAAAAUUCAAAUAGAAUUUUUGAAGCAAGAUCACCAACAUCUUGGUCAAUUGUAUCAGAUCAUCAAAUUAAUCAGCAGCGACAAAAUGAUCUUUAUGAAUCAUCACCAUCAUUUUUCUCUAGUUAUGAAUUAAGUGAUGAUAAAUUAACUCAUACUCAUGGGUCGAUUAUCACCAAUGAACAACGGCCUCUUCAUGAAAGAUAUGUUCUUCCUGAGGAUAAAUCUCAACAUCUUUCAUUUAUUGAUCAUUCAUCUAAAAUAUCUUCUUGUCAAACAUAUUCGUUUGCUCCUACAUCUGAUUCUGAUAAUGUUAUAAAUUCUGUUGUUAACAGCUCGUCUCAUGAAUUAAUCGAAUCCGACGAUAUUGUCGAUCAACAAAGUUCUUCAUUUUCUUCUUUGGAUCGUUUAUCUCCAAAUGAUAGGUUGUCUUUACCAUUAGAAAAAGUCACAAUGUUAAUGGAAAAAGAUGACAUAUCGAUAAAUUACGAUAGUGAUGAUGGUUGGAGUAAUGAUUCAGCUGAACUUAUUUACGUUGAUGAUCGUUAUACAACACAAAACAAGAGAAUUGAUGUUUCUCAUUCACCACAUCCAAUUUCAAAACAACAUUCUCUUCCUCAAACUCAACAGAAAACAAUGUUUCUUCCAUAG